ACAUGGUGGACGAAGUAUACUGAAAGACGCUUUAAAGACGCUUUCGAUUACUCAAUUAACGGCCAAACAUGAAACGUCGUUCAGACGAUUCUGAGGUUGUAGCACCAAAGAAAACUCGAAAAGAUAGCUCUGUAACACAGAAAAGCUUUGCGGUGUCACCUGUCGAGGCUUUUCGAGGAAGACUUCCUUUUUAUCGACAACCAAUUGAAGUGGGAUUUUUCUCUUUAGACGAUCAAAGAAGGUUUCAUGAUGAUAAGAGACAAUUGAGGUAUUUCAGUCCUCCGCAUGAUAUAGACUUCGACCUCAGGGCGGGUUAUAAAGACUUUGUGAAACGGAACGAAGAUGUGAAAGAAGGGUUGGAACACUUGUUGCAAUGGGUUCAGUGUCAUCAGGAGAAGUUUGAAAUCGUUCAAAGUCCAACGUGCAAGACUCCUCCAGAACCUAAAACUCCACUUUCCAGCUUACACACAGAUUUCAUAACAUGGAGGGGGCACUUAACAAAGAUUAUGUGCACACCCUAUGAAACAAGGGAAUCUUGGAAAAUGGCAGCUGUUCUACACAAUGGAACAAUCUACAUUAUGGAAAUAGAAACUGAAGAAAACAGAGACAAGCGGGAGAAUAUGGAAGAAAGACACAAAGAGAUGUGCUUCUGGGGAUAUAACUUUGAAAGCUAUGUCACUUCCCUGGUAGACAAAAGUCGUCAAAACAAAACUGAAGAAACAGCCAGGGAAAGCCGUGCUAGUAAUGAUAGUGAGGCAUUUAUCACUGUGAUCAGAGCUAGGCUUAAUAAACACUCAUUGGUGUUUGGCGCUGAAGUGGACUGCCGCACUAAGGAUCACGGAGAAGCCCCAGCAAACUAUAUAGAGUUGAAAACCUCCUUGAAACCUCACAACCACCACCACCACUACACCUUCAAACGCUACAAACUGAUCAAGUGGUGGGCCCAGUCUUACUUGGCCGGAGUGCCAAAAAUCAUCUGUGGCUACAGGGAUCACAAUGGCCAAGUGAAAGAAUUCCAAACAUUCAACACUCUGGCCAUACCACGACUUGUUCGAGAUGAAGAGAAUCUUUGGGAUUCGUCCAUUUGCCUAAACUUUCUGGACAGAUUUCUUGACUGGGUGAAGACAGUGGUUGUGAAGAGUGGACCAGGGGUCAUGUACACAUUCUCCUGGAGAGAGCCAUUUGAAGAAGUUACAUUUACAGAGACGUCAGAUGAAGUGCACUGUGUCCUCCCUGACUGGUAUUUGGAAAACUUUACAAAUACUGCCUCUUCAUAACUACAGAUGUAUUAUUCCCAUAAUAAGCUUCUGCUACAGAGCUUCUUUAUUCUUGUUUUAAGGGUUAUUAUCAUGAACAGCACACUUUUAAUUAUUUGAAAAUCCCCAAUAUGCAGUGGAACAUGACAUAGAGGCUUUGUAUGUGUAAUUGAAGUAUAACUGCAACCCAGUCUCAAUAAAUAACGAAACUACUUUCCAAGGAGGGGGAGCAGGCUUACUAGAAACCUGAAUUUCUAAACAGGGGGGGAGAGAGAGGUCUUAUUAGAAACAUGACUUAUUACUUUUUAGAAACCAUCAGCCUUCCGACUGAUAUUAGAGUAUCUAAAACAUUAGGUGAGUUUAAGAUGAAGCUAAGUAACUUCAGUUUUCAGUGAACUAAUGACAAGGCCUCCCUGAAAAGCAGUACUUUUAUUUUCAUUCUAAUAAGAAGUUAGUUCAGUUCGUUUAGAUUAGGCUUUUAAUCUUUCUAUAUAUUUUAUAAUGAUUAUAGUUUUAAGUUUUACAUUUGUAGGUAUAUUGAUUGUAUACGAAUGAGUGGAAUUUACCGCGUAUAAAUAAAGUGAUCUAUCUAUCUAUCUGAAUUUCAAAACAGGGGGGGAGGGAGGGGUCUUAUUAGAAACCUGAAUUUCAAAAUAGGAGGGGAGGGGAGGGGACCUAUCAGAAAACUGAAUUUCUGGGGCCUUAUUAGAGAGAAGGGUUAAAAAUAAAGGGGGAGGGGGCAUACAAGGCAUUUAUAGUUCACAAAGUACAAAUUGUUAUCAAACACAAACAAAAGAUUGUACUCAGAGCAAAUCAGUAAUGUUUUCAACCAUCCACCAAUUCUGUUGAGUUGUAAAAAGUGUAACCAUUAUUUAAAUAGAGAAAAACUAGUCAUUGUAACAUAGAAACAUUGAGUUAGAUUAAUUAUUUAUAUUCCUAUAGUAGUACUAAGGUAUUGAUAUUUCAAGUUUUUUAUACAAAGAAUGGCAGUUAACACCACAACUUUGUUCACUAGUUUUACCGCAAUAAAAGCUGUAGAUGAUAAAUUU